AUCGGCCGAAUGAAACGGUCGUGAUCCUUGCCGCUCUGCCUGGGCUGUACCUCCAUAAUUGAAUAUCCACCUAGCAGCAGCGUCACUCCUAACUCCAGCUCCAGGCAUCUGAGAUGGCUGCGGUCUCGCGGUGGUACUUACUACAUAGUAGAUAAACUGCAGACUACCCAAACCACAACUCCCUUGACUUGAUUUACCUGUCAAGCCCCGCGACCAACUCGAGACACAUAAAGAUGAGCUCCCAUUCCUUGACGGAGAAAGUGCAAUUCUUCAACCAACUAGAUGCUCUGAGUGAACCCGACACAGAUGGCGAAGAUGAUAGCAAUGAUGUGGAGGAGUGGCAUAGAAAGAGAUGCCGGGCCUUUUUUAAGCCCCGGAGGAAGGCCAGCAGUCCGUUUCCACGCCCAGGGAUGCCCAAAGAAAGGGAAACUCCUUCGGCAAGCCGGACCCAAGCAAGCCCGGCUCUGGGUAUAGCGGCUACUCAAGCCAAGGUCAUCGAGGGUACGCCAAUCCUUGGGAACUCUGGGCAGUCCCGUAACAGAGGCACCGGUGCCUCAUUCAUUGAAGAGACACCGAUCCCAGAUUCAUCAAAGACGGUUCACCCGGCACUCCACCGAAGCUCAACCAAUCCGCUACCAACACACUCAACCCAUCCUGAGAACUCACCGUCUUCAAAUCCAACUAUGCGUAAGCGUAAACGUAACUCUUCAGCCUCGGCCAAGUCUGUUCCGGAAUCUGACAAGAUUUUCCGCGACCUCUCUUUCUAUUAUAUCCCCAACAACGAUGUCGCGCCGGCCAGGAAGAUACGGAUAGCAAAAGCACAAGAAUACGGCGCACAAUGGAUCAGGACCUUGGACGGCGCGACACAUGCCGUCGUCGACAAGAACCUCACCUACAAAGAUGUCGAGAAGAUCCUGGAGUCCACCGCAAGCUCUUUGGUUAUCGUCAACGAGGAUUAUCCCAUUGACAGUAUCUCUUUUCGAACCCUCUUGAACCCUUGUCAGCACCGGUACAGAGUGACUGGCUGUCCCCUUUUGACAGCAGCGCCAGCCUCGAGUCCGGCUGAAGUUCAACAGCCAUUGGAAGACUCAGGGGGGUCGCUGCCCUUGAAAGAUGUACAGAGGAACCCUAAAAGGGACCGUGACGCAGCACUCGGUGGAACACCACCACGGAGUGGACAAUCAUCUCUCGGGGGGGUUGAGAAAGAACUGCUGGGUGGCAAGCCGUCAGAAGGGCUGGCGACCCUUUCUAGCGGCAGCAAGCAACCCGGCGGCUCCUCUGGUGACGAACCCCCCCAAGACCCAGAAUCAGCUGAGUUCCAAAAGCCGGUUGAGGGCGGACGUAUGGCGAAGGAUAGCGUCAACGAUGAAUUGACCGAGUACAUAUCUCUCAUCCAACAGUACAAGGAUCUUCCCUUGGACGAAGAUAACGAUGAGGUCCAAUCCUUACAGGAUACUAACGGUUCCGCCUCGGACUCGGACUCGAGCUCGAGCUCGAAGCCCGCGUAUUCAAGCUCGCGCAAACCCCGUGCCCACAAGAGCACUACGACCGCGGAGAAGUCGAUCCCGUUUGCAGAGCACUUCGCUUGCAACCGGGGCGGCACAAAGGACGGGUCAGAAGCGUCGGCCAAACCCAAUGCCCGCACCAUCGAGGUUCUGCAGUCCAUGUGCGACUACUACACGCGCAUCAACGACCACUGGCGCACGACGGCCUACCGCAAGGCCAUCUCCACCCUGCGCCGCCAGACGGUCAAGAUCGCCACCGAGGAGGAGGCCUACCGGCUCCCGGCCAUCGGCCGGCGCCUGGCCCAGAAGAUCGAGGAGAUCGUCCAGACAAACCGGCUGCGUCGGCUCGAGUACGCGCAGGGCGAGCCCCUUGACCGGGUCCUCGAGCUAUUCCUCGGCAUCUACGACGUUGGCGUCAGCCGCGCGAGCAAGUGGGUCGCCCAGGGCUUCCGGACGCUGGACGACCUCCGGCAGCGUGCCGACCUGACCCCCAACCAGCGGCUGGGGCUCGAGCGCUACGACGAUCUCAACACGCGCAUUCCCCGCGCCGAGGUGGACGCCCUGGCCGGUCACGUCCGCGCCGCCGCCGUCGAGAUCGACCCGCGCGUCGAGCUCCUCGUCGGCGGCAGCUACCGCCGUGGCGCCGACUCCUCAGGCGACGUCGACCUCGUCGUUACCCGCCGGGGCACCUCCUCCGCUGCGGACCUCGUCCCCUUCCUCGACGAACUGCUGGCCGUCCUGACCCGCCGCGGCAUCCUCGUCGCGACCCUCGCGUCCCUGCACGGCCGCCGGCCAUCUACCAACGGUGGCGGUGGCGGUGGCGGCAGCAAGUGGCACGGCUGCUGCGUGCUGCCGCGUCCCGAGGGCGAAAAUUCGGGGGCUUACAAGCCCGUCUGGCGCAGGAUCGACUUCCUGCUCGUUCCCGAGACCGAGUACGGCGCUGCGCUGAUCUACUUCACGGGUAACGACAUCUUCAACCGCAGCAUGCGCCUCCUGGCCUCGAGGAAGGGCAUGCGACUGAACCAGCGGGGCCUGUACAGGGAGGUCAUGAGGGGGCCCAGGAGGGUCAAGGUCGCUGAGGGGGAGCUGGUGGAAGGGCGUGACGAGAGGAGGAUCUUUGAGAUACUGGGUGUCAAGUGGCGGGAGCCGUGGGAGAGGUGGUGUUGAUGCGUUGUUUACCCAACCGCCCCCUUUUUUUGCCAUACCUAUUGUUCUUCUUCUCUCUUGCAUGGGUUGCGGUUUGCUUAUAUGGAGCGUUGCAUUGGGUUGCCGCACAUUCGCAUUCGAGGCGUUGGAGGACCAGGUUCAACGCAUGGGGUUGUGUGCCAUUGGGAUACUGGACAGCUUGUAUAUCACUUGCGUCUCGAAACAAACAGUAUAAAAACACCCCAAUGAACAUGUCAG